AUGAGUGAUGCUCUGUGUGGCCCCUCGAAUGCGCUGCAGAACUUCCAGAAGCAUGCAUCUGUUGAUCGUACCCUUCAGCAAGAUAGAAUUAUUUCUCGACAAUCGCCUUCUCAAGGGUUUCGAUCUCAAAAUUCAAGCCAAGGGGUUCUCGAUCCCGAGUUCGCCGCAUUUGAGUCCGGUCUAGCAGGAGCGCCGCUUCACGAUGUACAGCAUGCCGGCCCUUUCGUUCCUCCCUCUCAGCAUUUCCCCGUACCAGGCCCGGCAGAAUCGUCAAAUUGGGCGGCAGACUUUCAGAAUAUGCAUAUAUCGGGACCUUCGCAUUCUUUCCAUCAAACAUCAGGACCAUCAGUAGCGCCGAUGGCAGCCAUGUCACAACAGGGUUGGCAGAAUGAGUUCGCUCAGCAGCAACGACCCUCUUUCCAGCAGCAUCAGCCACAUGUCCAAGGGCUUCAGCCAACCUUUGCACCUCGCUUCCCUAUGACUGGUGCUGCUUUCCCCCCCGCGCAAGCCACCGCAGCAAACCAGCAACCGAUGGCCGACACAUUUGAUGAAUCGGCGUUUGAAGCUGCAUUUGAGCAGGCACGGGCAGACAUGAUGUCGCAGGAAACCGAGACUGCACCUGUUCACGCUGAGGAAGUCGUGGAAGAGACGAAUUAUGUUACGGCUGAAAGCACGGAAGAGAAGAUCAAGAUAGGGUCGGAUACCAUUCCCCAGACCGAGAAGAACGAUCAACAGGCACGGGUGAAUGAUGCGGACGAGCUCGCCCGAACUGCGGGGCAGCUUUUAGACAGUGUCAAAUAUGAUCAAAGCCAGAAGUUCAGAGAAAGCAACUUCCUUGCCUUGAUGCGCCGCAUUCGCGACCGUGAGGUUCAGAUCGAGGGGGAUGAAUUUCGCGAAGUCAGUACCAGCAGUCCGUGA